AUGGGAGGCUUGCUAAAAGAUGACCAAUCAGUGUUUGCCGUCUAAUCUUUCUUCUCUUUUUUUUUUCUAUAUGUGUGAAACUUUAUUUAAAACAGUGCAGGGAUUCGCCUUGGAGCACACACUUCAUCUGAUGUGUGAGAGCGAGAAUUGUAUUUGUGAAAGGAACGCUUAAUGAUUGGAGACAAUGACCUCGGAAACUGUAGCAGAACCCGACAAGUGCUGUGUAGAUCCAAAUAAUAAAGAAGCACUCACAUCCCCGCAUGCUGGCAACAGUACGCCUUUACAAGAAAACAGCUCUGCCCUAAGGGGUGAGUGCAAGACUCAGGAUGCAAUGUCAAAGAGACAGUUGAAGAAGAUUCUGAAACAGAAACAGUGGGAAGACCAAAGAGAGCUCCGCAAGCAGAAGCGAAAGGAAAAACGGCAAAAACGCAAACUGGAGCGCCAGGCUCAGACGGAGCACAAUAGCGAUGCUAACAGUAGAAAACGAUUCCGUCAUGAAGUCCAGCCCAGUGCACUCCGUCUGGUUAUAGACUGCAGUUUUGAUGAAUUGAUGGCAUUACGGGAUGUUAAAAAGCUGAACAAGCAAAUUAGACGAUGUUAUGCUGAGAAUCGACGGGCAAUCCAUCCUGUUCAGCUCUAUUUGACCAGCUAUGGUGGGCAGCUGAAAAGUAACAUGGAUGAAUAUGACAAAGGAUGGAUCAACUGGAAGGAUAUUCAUAUUAAGCCAGAGCAUUACAAAGACCUCAUGAAGAAGGAAGACCUUGUUUAUCUUACGUCGGACUCCCCGGAAGUACUGAGCGAGCUAGAUGAGACCAAAGCUUACAUUAUUGGGGGCCUGGUAGACCACAAUCAUCACAAGGGUAUCACGUACAAGAAAGCUUUGGAACUUGGGAUCAGUCACGCUCAGCUGCCGCUUGGAAAUUUUGUGAAAAUGAACAGUCGCAAAGUAUUGGCAGUUAAUCAUGUUUUUGAGAUCAUACUUGCCUUUCUGGAAAAGAGAGAUUGGAAGGAAGCCUUUUUUUGUGUUCUACCCCAGCGCAAGGGCGCAGUACCUCUUGCCGAAGCUGGCGAGCCAUCUGAAUCCAGACCCUCCGAGCAAGAAGACGGAGAAGAUUCAGACAGUGACUCAAGCCUAGAUGAAAGUGUCACAAAACAGCCCAAUGUCAAAUGUGAAGGAAAGAGAAGUUGACAUCCAGUGAACUUGAUUAUUUUUUACAUUUGAAAUCGUAUUGGGACUGGCUACUAAUUAUUCUUUCAAAACUCUGGAAAGGAGAAAUACCAAUACAAAGCUGCAAUCUGUUUGCCCUGGUUGGCUUUGCAUUCCUGAGUUGUGGUGCUGUUGUUGAACAGUUGUUUUCUUUUUGGAACACAUUUAAUUUUAUCUAAUUAAAACUUGCCAACCAAUAAA